ACAAGUAGAUACAAAUUGUUCCAAUUAGAGGAAGGUACAGGUACAAUGUAUGUAUAUAAAAUAGGGGAAGAGGAGCAUCUAGCUGCUAUUAGUCUAGGGCUGCUUGCCAUGCUCGGUCCAUUCUCUAUGCCUAUUAUCUAUGCUCUAUGCGGUCACUAUGUCUACUACAUUCUAUAAUCAUAACAUCAUGACAUUUACAUAACCUUAAACCGCCUUAGACAACAUAACCGUCUCAAUUUGAGUGAGGAAACUACUUGCAACACAAUUUUAUUAAGUUAAAUUUGAUUGAAUUAAUACAUUUAAAGCAAAUAUAAAUAAGCUUCAGUAUUAUCCUUCAAUGCUAGAAUGAUGUCGAUUAACUUAGCCUCGCCGUUUUUGAAAACAUAAAAAGGAUGAGCUGUGUUCAAUUGUCCAAGUAUUGUGUUUAACAUCGUUCGGCUUCUUUGUCCUGAAUAUAGUUCUUGAAUGAAUAUUUCUUUCUAUUGAAUUACAAAUUCAGAAGAUAUAAAGUUGAUAUUAGUGCAUUUUCAGAUGAAAAUUUUGACGUUAAAGCUUGGAUUAACAAUACUUUGAAAAAUGCUGACCAAGAUAAGAAAGAAAAUUUUACCAUGUCCUUGGUUAUGAAACUGCAAUUGUAUGUGCAGCAAAUAAAUUCUGUUUUGGAACAAACCAGUGAACAAAUUCUAACUUCCCUGCCUAAAAUAAUGAGAGAUACAAAAAACUUACAAGAGGAAGCAUUGAUACUACGUGAAAAGAUGGAAUCUGUAAAGGAAGAAAUUUUCAAAGUUGAACAAGAUACUGGUCCCUCCUUACAGUCAAUUGAAAAAUUAGAUAGAUUAAAAUCACAACUUGAAAUUGCAAAACAAAGUUUACAUGAAAGUGAUAAUUGGACCAUGUUAGUUAACGAUUUAGAAGAAUUGUUUGAUUCAAAAAAUAUAGAAGUUAUAGCUACUAAAUUGCUAAGUAUGCAGCAAUCAUUGAAAUUACUAAUAAACGCACCCGACUACGAGGAUAGAAAACUUCAACUAGAAGGAUUGAAAAAUCGCCUGGAAGCAAUAACAAGCCCCAUGAUUGUGCAAACAUUUACUACAAAUAAUAUAGAACAAGCAAUUUCAUAUGCACAAAUUUUUGAAUCAAUCAAUCGUAUGCCUCAAUUAAUAAAGUACUACCAUAACUGUCAUAAAGAAUUACUAUUAAAAAAAUGGAGAGAUCAAUUGGAGGUGGAGCAGGACGAACAAAUUUGCCAGUGUAUUCACAAUUAUCUUGAUUUUUUAUUGUCGCAUUGGCACUCACAAGCUAAGUGGUUUUCACAAGUUUUCCCACAUAAUUCUGCAUUAGACGCUUUAACGGACACUUACGUCAGCGCACUAUCUGGUUUGGAUCCCAGUAUAGGCGAUUGCAUUGAAGCUGCACUAAAACAAACUACAGAAAAGCUUAAUUUGUUGAACGAUGUCAAGCAAAUUUUAAAACAGUUUGCAACAAAUAUUACAGCACUAGUCGAAACCAGUACGCAAGGUAAAAUUGACAAGCAAAAACACCUGCCUUUACUUCAAGUAAUUUACAGCCCUCUUGUAAAUUUUGUUUCAAAAUAUGCAGCUUACGAACAAGCGUUUUUACUUCAGAAAUUAUCCAACAUAAACUACGUAAAAGACGAUUUAAAUGAUACUGUAAAGAGUUUAAACUUUACCAUCCCGCAAAUCGUGGAUUUAGCAAGAGAUGCGAAGAAGCGAUGCCAUGAUAUAACAGAAAACUGCGGUUUGUGUGGUCUGCUUAUUGCCAUUCGCGCGCUAUUCAUUAAUUUCGCCGACUAUUUCCGUGUUGUUUUACGACAAAUCGAACGAAGUCGAACCCAUAAAGAGGAAUGGAAUGUUUUUCAGUUAUGUUUAACUCAUUUAGAAAGUACUGGUGAUGUUCUGUUAAAGAUACAACAGUUAGAGAAAGAUUUGACCAGAACUGUUUUGGAUGUUAAUGAGAAUGAUGUCGAAAUUCAGUAUAAAUAUUUGUUGUUAAAUUCUGUUGAUCGGAAAGAAUUCGAGUCGCUUAUCAGAUGUGUAACUGAUGGAACACAGUUGUUUCUUUUAGAUUAUGUGACCUCCGAAUUUAGUAAAUUGUGCGCCGAUAUUCAUAGAACAUUGUAUCAAGUUGUGCUCGAGCCGAUCGUUGGCCAUUUAGAUGUGGCAAAAAAACCAGAAGCAUGGGCGAAUGUUAACGAUUUAGUUUUUAAUAAUGACUUGCCAGACUACAGUUUUUCGCCACAAGAGUACAUAACGCAGAUCGGGCUGUACCUUAUGACUCUUCCCCAACAUUUGGAGCCAUUUUUCUUUAGAGAAAAUCCUUCAUUAUGGACAGCUUUAAAGGCCGCAGAUGAACGAUAUAACGUAGCUGGCGAAGACGUCGUUUUAGCCGACAUUUUUCUUCGCAUAAUAGCAACCAGUGUAUGUCAGUCUUUCAGUGAUCGAAUACUAUCUAUACGAGAACUCAAUCAAAUGGCUAGUAGACAACUUUCUCACGAUAUAGGUUAUUUAGCAAAUGUAUUGGAAGAUUUAGGAGUAUCAGUUACAGAAGACCUUAAACAGUUAAGUAAUCUUUUAAAAUUGCCCUCGGAUGUUUACCAAACUCAAAGUUCUGGAUACAUGGCUAAAUAUGUAGCAGCAGUAAGGCAAAUGAGAAAUAUUACUUCAACUUAGCAAUUCAUUUAGAUAGCUUCAUAAAAUGAUAUGUAUUGUAUUAUGUAAUAAUUGAGAAGAAAUGGUUUACAUAUUUAUUACAAUUCAGCUGUGUAAUCUAUUUAAUAUCAAAAUAAUUUUAAUCAUACAUUAAUCAUGGGGAAAUGUAAAUAAAAUGAAAAAGAAGAAUAAAAAAUGAGCUACUUUAUUUCAUCUUACCGAAUAGUAGUAGUACUGUAUAAUUAUUUUAUCAGUUCAUAGCACUUUUACAUGAUUAUUGUUUGAUUACCAAACAUAAUAAGUUAAUGAUAUUAUGCAAUCAUACAAAAUUUGACAUUCAAACAAAAACAAGCGAGCAUUUAAUCAUUACGAUGUUUUUCACAUUCAUUCGUACCAAAACUUGUGAAUACUUUUUUAUUUUCUUAAAACUAUUGUUCCCAAUGUUUUGAAUGUAUUACAUCGAUGUCGGCGA